AUGGGCCGCAACAAUCCGUUUUUGUAUCAUAAUGCUAACUCCACAGGUAGAGUCAUUCGUAACCAGAGAAAGGGUGCUGGAUCCAUCUUCACCGCUCACACCAGAUUGAGAAAAGGUGCUGCCAAGUUGAGAACCUUGGACUACGCUGAACGUCACGGUUACAUUCGUGGUGUUGUCAAGUCUAUCAUUCACGACUCCGGAAGAGGUGCUCCUCUUGCCAAGGUCGUUUUCAGAGACCCAUACAGAUACAAGUUGAGAGAGGAGACUUUCGUUGCCAACGAGGGUCUUUACACCGGUCAGUUCAUUUACUGUGGUAAGAAGGCCUCUUUGAACGUCGGUAACGUGUUGCCUUUGGGCUCUUGUCCUGAGGGUACCAUCGUCUCCAACGUUGAGGAGAAGGUUGGUGACAGAGGUGCCUUGGGUAGAACCUCUGGUAACUACGUCAUCAUCAUUGGCCACAACCACGACGAGGGCAAGACCAGAGUCAAGUUGCCAUCUGGUGCCAAGAAGAUCAUCAACUCUGACGCCAGAGGUGUCAUUGGUGUUGUUGCCGGUGGUGGUAGAAUCGACAAGCCAUUGUUGAAGGCCGGUAGAGCUUUCCACAAGUACAAGGCCAAGAGAAACUCGUGGCCUAGAACCAGAGGUGUGGCCAUGAACCCAGUUGAUCACCCUCACGGUGGUGGUAACCACCAGCACAUUGGUAAGGCUUCUACCAUCUCCAGAGGUGCCGUUCCAGGUCAGAAGGCUGGUUUGAUUGCCGCCAGAAGAACCGGUUUGUUGAGAGGUACCCAGAAGACCCAGGAUUAA